AUUGAAAGUUUUUUUCAGUUCUUUUCUCUAGUUAUUUAAGCAGAUCAUAAGAUGGAUGUUUCGCAAGGACGAUCACCGGAAUUCACCCGAUUCUCUUUCUGUGAGCAAACAACCCAAAUCCUGGUAUCGCUGUUGUGUUUGUGGGACAACAUCUCGAAAAACACCAGACAGGAAAUUCUUCAGAUUUCCUAAGGAUCCUAUUAGAUCAAAACAAUGGGCUGCCGCAUGCAGUAAUCAAGACUUGUUAAAUAAAUCACCAACUGAUUUGUAUAAAACUGCACUAAUAUGUUCGUCACACUUCAAAGAUCACGAUUACUGUUCACCAAAGAUGCGAUAUUUACAUUCCUGUGCAGUGCCGACAAAAUUUGAACAAACAGGUAUCUACAGUGUUUACUAUUAUUAUUUCAAUAUGCUUAACAAUAGCGCCAUCUAAGAAA